AUGUCGACUACGCAGCGAAGUGAGAGCAUGAAUGGAUUCUUUGAUGGGUUCAUCAAUUCGACAACCACAUUGCAACAAUUUGUGAUUCAAUACGAUAAUGCCAUUAGGCAAAAGGCUGAGAAGGAGUGUGAAGCUGACUUUGCAUCCUUCAAUACCAGUAUUCCUUGUGGGUCACACUCCCUUAUUGAGAGACAAUUUCAGGCUGAAUACACUCAUGCUAAGUUUGCUGAGGUUCAACACGUAUUUAGGUGUAAAAUGAAUUGUAUGAUUAAACAUGUUUUAUUUGAAUCGGGAACCUCAAAAUACCAUGUUAAGGAAGAAUUUAUGUGGAAAGGUCAAUGUGCAGACAAGUAUCAUGAUGUAUUGUUUGAUUAUCACACGCUUAAGAUACAAUGCACUUGCCUUCUGUUUGAGUUCAGAGGAAUACUUUGUAGGCACUGCUUAGUCAUGUAUGGACAAGAGGGCAUUAAAAGUGUGUCAGACAAAUAUGUUUUAAAAAGAUGGAGCAAGCUGAUGCGUAGAAGGCACACUUACAUAAGGGUUGCAUGCAAUACUAAAAAGGAAGAAGCUAAUUUGAAGAGGUAUGAUGCACUUUGUAAGCGUUUCUAUGAGAUUGAAGAGGUGGCAUGCGAGUCAGACAACAAAACUAAAUGUUUGUUUAAGAAAUUGGACUCCAUUGCGUAUGAUCAUGGAUUGUCAUAUUUUGAUAAUCCUAAAAAAGGGGUUGAAUUCGUGACUGAAAAUCAUUGUCCUCUAGAAACCGUGUCAACCAACAAAAGUGUCCACAACCCUAUUUCUGUUAAGAGAAAGAGAAGACCCCGAUCUACGAGAUUGAAAUCCAUAGUGAAGAAGGUUUGUAAGAGGCAAAACUCUACGGGUGCUAAAAAUAAAGACUGUAGGGCUCAAAUGGUAUGUGCAAUUAAUGAAAUCAAAUAA